AUGAAGUUCCAGAUGUACUUCGGAGUGCUCAUCGUGGUAGCCUCCGGCUCAUUUGCCGUUCUUGGGUCACCUGAUUUCAAGCGGCGGAGUGAACUAGAGGCCGUGGAGAGAGAGAACAUCGUAAACUUCAUCCGCUUGAAAGUCGAUCAGCAAUUUUUGGACAAUGCGACUGUGACAGGAGAGAUCUCCACGGCUCUGAUGAACGCCAUCCACAAAGUUUCUACCACGAUAAUCCGAGAGAUGAAAGAAGAAGACACAAGAAAGAAGGACGAUAAGAAGGAGAUUGAGGAGGAGAUCAAAAAAGAAGGGAAUGACGGAACCGAGAGCCAGGAUGACCCCGACAAGACUGGGAAGGAUGGGCAGAAAGAAGAUCCCGAUGAUCCAAACAAGAAAGGAGAGGAUCGAGAAUCCAAGAACCCGGAUGACUCGAACGAAGCAGGAAGGGAUGAGGAGAACAAGGGAGGCGAUGAUCCGGACAAAAAGGCAGAGGAAGAUGCCAAGGAUGCGGAUGACCCCGAACAAGGGGGAAGAGAUGAGGGGGGAGCCGAUGAUCCAAGAAAAGAAGCAGAGGGAGAAAAAGAAGAGGAGCCGGAUGACCGAAACGAAAGAGGGGAGAAAGAGGAAGCCGGGAACUCAGGCGGGAGGGAUGAUGAAAGCGAGAACCCUAAUGAUCCGAACAUGAAUGGAGAGGAUCGAGGAGCCAACAAACCGGAAGACCAGAAAAACGCUGAUAGGGAUGAGAAAGCCGAGAACCAGGAUGAGCCGCACGAAGAAGGGAAGGACGAGGCGAGCGGGAACGCGGACGGAGCGGAUAAAAAGAGAAAGGAUGGGGAAGCCGCGAAACUCGACGAUACGAAGCUGAAGAGGGAAAAUAAUCGAGAUGGCGAGAAACCGGAGGAAAAUGGAGGGAAUGAGCAUGCUGAGGAAUCGGAUGACCCGGACGCCGGAAGUAAGGAUCAGAGAUCCGAGAACGCGGAUGUUAUGUUCGGCGGAAGGGGGAGGAAGGACGGCAAGAGCCUGGAUGACCCGGCAAUGAAGCGGGAAUCCGUGAGUUCCGAAGAAACAGGAGACAGUGCGACUUUUUAUGGAGCCGAGGGGCCCGUCAGCCGGGGAAAUACCGGAGCCCGCAACCCUCAUAGCCAGAAGGGGAAAGUAGUAGCUCCGGACAUCACGAUCAUCUUUGUGAAAGAUGAGCCGGGAGUGCUCGAUCUGAGGAAGCCCGUCGAGUUUUUCGUUCGAAAUAACAAAGAUGAAGUGAUUCCAGUCGGAGAGUUCAGGAAGCGCUCUGAUAGUCUGAGGGCUGAAAUUCUCCAGGCAGUCAAGGCUUCGGACUUGAGGAUAGAUCUCGCGGUACUCGAUGAAGGCGAAUCCUCCGAAAGACUGCCUCUUUGGGCGUACGUGACCAUCGCGAUCGGAAUCGCUGUUCUAGUUGCCUGUGUCACAGCUCUGACGAUAACGAUUGCGAGGAGACGGCGCCAGCGCGAGGACGAUCCUUAAAAUCCUGCGGACGCGGAUCGCAUGCAAUUCAUCGAGGGGCAUCAUGGAUCACAGUUUUGGGCAGCGUACCAGCCCGUCUUGAUCCAACAUAACGGUCAUCAGUCGGUCGGGAAUAAAAUCAAGUCAGACUU